CACUGCGUAGCAGCGUGACGCCGCGCAUGCGCAGCUAUAAUACGCAGUACCGGCUAAUCGUCGAUCAAGCAGGACAGUGCGUAAUCGUAACGCAUCGUAGCGUAUGUCAACUUGCAUUUUCGUCGUCUUGUGUUGUACGAGUUUUUGAUGCGAGCGAGUGUUUUAAGAUUGAGUUAUACCGAAAGUGAAGUGUCCCUGUGCCAACAGUUGUGCGAUGUGCUUUCGCGAAGAUCUAACCUGCACAUUGGCAUCGUAGUGUAUGUCCACGUUGUAGAGAUGGCGGCUUACGUUGUUAUGAGCGUCGUUCUCGUUGCUAGGAGCUUUAAGACAAUUCUGUAAAAGAUCCCUGGAGUGACUGACACAAACCAGAAAUGUUUGUUUAUCUGAGCAAGAAGAUUUCCAUACCAAACAACUUUCGGUUAAACUGCAUAGCAUGGAAUCAGAAGGAUGGCUACAUUGCAGUUGGAGGAGAAGACGGUCUCCUGAAAGUAUUACGAGUGGAUUCCAACGUCAAUGGAUCACAUAGUGGUGGGAAAUCUCGGAGCUUGGCCGCAGCGAGCAAUCUGACCAUGAAUCAGCCUCUGGAGGGCCACAAUGGACACGUUCAAGUGGUGACAUGGAAUGAGGAGCAUCAGAAGUUGACCUCGAGCGAUCAGAACGGCGUCAUUAUCGUUUGGAUGCUGUAUAAGGGCUCAUGGUAUGAGGAGAUGAUAAACAAUCGCAACAAAUCUGUGGUAAAAGGUAUGGCAUGGAGCUGUGAUGGUCAAAAAAUAUGCAUAGUUUACGAAGAUGGAGCCGUGAUUGUUGGCUCUGUCGAUGGCAAUAGAAUCUGGGGUAAAGAAUUGAAAAAUGUGUCUCUGUCUGCUGUGCAGUGGUCCCCAGAUGGAAAGCUGCUUCUGUUUGGUUUGAAAAAUGGAGAGCUCCAUCUCUACAACAAUCAAGGAGUAUUUCUGACGAAAUUAAACAUACCUUCGAACACCUCUCUGUAUCAAACCAUAGUGGCAUUGCAGUGGUAUGAUGGAAGAAAUGGCUACGUUGCCAUGGACUGUCCUACUCUGGCUAUUUGUUAUCGCAAUGGUAGAAUAGUAUUGAUGCGAGAUACUAGCGAUGACAAUCCAAUUAUGUUAGAGACUGGAAUGACUGCCUCGUGGUGCAAUUGGAACAGCUGUGGCUCUCUCUUGGCGAUAACCGGAAUGAUGCCAAUGCUCAAUAACGGGGAAACGAAAGAUAUGAACGUUAUACAAUUUUAUACACCAUUUGGCGAGCACAUGAGGACCUUGAAGAUACCAGGACGAGAAGUAACGUGUUGCACCUGGGAGCAAGGUUCCCUCCGCGUUGCCUUAUCCGUUGACUCUCAUAUAUACUUUGCAAACAUCCGUCUGGAUUAUAAAUGGACAUACUUCAGCAACACAGUCGUUUUUACGAACGAGAAGAUUGGUAAGGACGGCACCUGUGUAACGUUCUGGAACACGAGCAGUAACACCUGUUGUACAAAGUACGUAAGAUCCCUGAUAUCGAUGGCUUCGCACGGGGAGCACUGCGUGCUCUCCGUGAGAAACGACCCCGCUCAAGGUACCGAGCAAUUCGCCCUUCUCGUUUGCAAUACCAUUGCCACGCCGAUAGACUCUAAAUUCUUAGAUCUGGAGCCGUUGUAUCUUACUAUGACUACCAACAUGGUCGUGGCUGCAUCUAAGAACAAUUUUCUAAUAUGGAACUUUCGAUCGCCUCGCAACUCGACGCUGCAUCCGAGCAAGAUGCGCAAGUACAAGAUCUAUCACGUGGACGAAACGCCGACCGGCGUGACCGAGGUCAUCCAGGAUUUGGACAAGGAUGGCUCGUUCGAGACUCCUAUCAGCAUGAAGGCGACCAUGGAUCCUAUUUGCUGCGUCUAUGCCACCGAGAAAGUUCUCUUGGUCGGCCGGGACUCGGGGAUGAUUCAACGAUACUCUCUACCGCAGAUAACGCUCGUACAUCGAUACAAUACUGCAUGCAAACUGCACAGAAUUGCCAUUAAUUGCGAUUCUACGCGCGUUUCCAUUUUAGAUGCUAACGGUAUACUCACUAUGUUGGAUCUAGAUCCUCAGAAGACACCCAAUUCGCGAGACGGGGACACGGGCGAGGAUAUAUCCAAGUUUGAGAGGAAGGACGUAUGGGCCAUGUGCUGGGCGCGAGAUAAUCCCUCACUCCUAGCGAUCAUGGAGAAAACCAGGAUGUAUGUUUUAAGAGGAUUAGAUCCUGAAGAACCUAUAUCUUGCUCCGGAUAUAUUUGUUCGUUUCAAGACCUGGAGAUACGUUGCGUUCUAUUGGAUGAUCUCAUGCUGAAAGCCGAUGAAACGCGAAAGGACUUGAUCGUGGAUUUGGAAGUGAAAUCUCUAAGAGACACGAGAGAGCUGCUGGCCAAAGUGGGUCUGAAGGAGGCUAACAAUUUUAUCCAGGAUAAUCCACACCCGCGUCUUUGGCGUUUACUAGCCGAGUCAGCGUUGACGAAACUAGACUUAGAAACGGCAGAGAACGCCAUGGUGCGCUGCACGGAUUACCUGGGUAUACAGUUUAUCAAGCGACUACAGAAUGUGCACAACGAUCAGUUGAAGAAAGCAGAGGUUGCAGCGUUUCUCGGUAACUUCGACGAUGCCGAAAAGUUGUACUUGGACAUGGACAGAAGAGACUUGGCAGUCGCGCUGCGCCAAAAGCUAGGGGAUUACUUUCGGGUCAUACAGCUUAUGAAGAUGGGCAUCGGUGGUUCGGACAAGCAGAUGGAGCACGCGUACAACAAAAUUGGCGAUCACUUCGCCGAAAGACAAAAUUGGGAGAGCGCAAAAGAGUAUUACGAGAAGGGCAGAAAUUUGGAGAAACUCAUCCAGUGCUAUUACAAACUCGAAGAUUUCGUUCAGUUAGCAACAACCGUAGAUCAGCUACCAGACAAGAGUUCCAGCUUGAAGACCGUGGCAAGAAUGCUGGCUUCGGUGGGAAUGUGCUCGCAGGCAGUGGCAGCUUACAUUAAAUACGGAGAUGUAAAGCUGGCCGUGGAUACAUGCGUACGUCUGAAUCACUGGGACCAAGCCGUCGAACUAGCAAAGACUUACAAGAUGGCACAGAUUGGCGAGCUACUGAAUAAAUAUGCUAAUCAUUUGUUAUCAAAUGGUAAGCGUCUACAGGCGAUCGAAUUAUACAAAAAGGCAAACUACAACCUGGAAGCGGCUAAAUUACUGCUUCAUCUGGCUGAGGAGCAAGCCAGAUCAAAGUCACAUCCUUUGCGCGUGAAGAAAAUAUACGUUCUCGCAGCGUUGCUGAUCGAGGAUCACAUCAACAGCGUUCCAGCGAUAAAAGGCGGUCGCAGCAACGUCGUCAUGGGUCUUUCUGAAAGCAACGAGGACACUAAGAUUAUUGAAAAUGCUUGGCGAGGCGCCGAAGCGUAUCACUUCCUUUUGCUCGCGCAUAGACAGCUAUACGACGGCAAUUUCGAUGCCGCGAUGAAAACCGCCCUCCGAUUGAGAGACUACGAAGACAUACUGGAAGUAGAAGACAUCUUCUGUUUAUUGGCGCUAUCGAGCGCCGUUAAUCAUGCGUUCGCCACUUGUUCAAAAGCCUUCAUAAAAUUAGAAGGGCUCGAAACGAUCUCGGAGACGAAGAAAGAGGAAUACGAAGAACUGGCGGUGGACAUCUUUGCGAAGCACAUUCCGAAAGACUCCCGCAACAACAAGACGGAAUGCGUCAACUGCGAGACCCUGGUACCUGACUGGUGCACCACGUGCCCAAAUUGCUCGACUAGAUUUCCAGGUUGCAUCGUCUCGGGUAAACCACUGAUGGACCUCACUAUUGCGUGGAUCUGCACAGUUUGCAGACAUCACGUCGCAACGGAACGCGACGUUGUUAACAUAAACGCCUGUCCUUUAUGUCACAGCACCAUCACGUAUAUGUAGGCUAAAUCGAAUUUAGCAAUCUGUUGCAUUUUUAUUUGUUAAAAUUUUGAUAAAUAACUAACGAGCUUUCAUAUUUUAAUAAUUGUGCAAUGAGAAAAUAUUGUCAUUCCAUUUUAUUUUACUAUUUUGAGAAAUGCAAAGUCGACUUUAAAACUGUUACAUUUAUUGAUUUCAGUGUACGAAUCAAGUGUGAAUUAAUUAUGAAAGAUAAUUUAAAAUGUAAAUUCUAAUAAUAGACGAAGUGCCGUUAUAUAUUCGUGCCUUGAUGCAUACUAAAUAAUUAAUAUUGGAAUGUUAACAAGAAUUAUCGAACUGAUCAAUUUUUAAAAGCGUGCAAAUUUUUCCUUUGUGUGCGCUGAUAUUUUUUACAGCCUCAUGUGUAAAUAGGAUUUUUAUCUUUUCACGAUCAGUAUUUAAUUUAUUUUCAUACGUUCUACUUUUCAGCAUGAUAUCGAUGAUAUCGUAUUUGUAUUGAGUGCCAGAUGGUAUCAAUAUUAAUUGGCAAUAGGUUGUUAUUGAAAUGAAAGAACAUAUAGAUAGAGAGCUCGAUAUAUCGUUAAAGCGAAUAUUUCCAGACCGAAAGACAAAAUGUAAUCUAACGAGAAUCUAAUUUCGGCAGUUUGCCAUUGCAUGUGCAUUACCGACAUUGUGGCUACGCGCAUCUGCUAUUCCGUCCAGAAUGUAACGAGUCUUUAACGAGUGAGACCUCGUUAGUUUCGUCGUGCCUUCAAAGUUUAUGCAAGUGCUAAUAGUUCACGUAGUUUGGAUAUCGCAAUUAGGCAGUUAACGGUUUUUAUUUUAAGUCUGAUAAUUGAUCUCUCGUUAUCGGGGAAUCUUAUCAUUCCCGUAUGAUGUUAUCUCUUUUUGUUAAUAUACAGUAAUAUGAUCACUUAUUAAUUAUAAAUUUAUAUAAAGAUUAAUUAUUAAGUAUAUUUAUAUAAAGUUUAAAAAAGAUGUAAUUAUUAUAACGCAGAUAUUUGAUAUCGAAGUAAAAACUUAUUGAUUUCCGAUUUCUUGCAAAAUGUGUUGUAGAAAUAUAACUAAUUUAUGAUUAUUUAUGUAACUUGAUAUAAUCUAGUUUGAUAAAAAUAUAAUUUUAUAUGACAAUCCCUUA